AUGAAACAAAAGCUACAGGAUGAACCGGUGGGUCUGGAUCCUUCUCUCAGCUGACAUACCAGUAGUUAUUUCUUGAAAGACUCCUGAAAUGACUUCUUAGUGCUGGAUUAGCUGUGACUGGACGAGCAUCACUGAGACCUCUGAUCAGACACAAAGACUCCAACAUGUCGAAUACCAUGGUGAUCACGCAGCCUCAGCCUGUAAUGGUGUCCCAGGACUCUGAUGAUUGGGGAACUGGGCCGUUUGACUGCCUUGAUGAUCUGCCCAGCUGCUGUUUUGCUUUUUGGUGCUGCCCCUGCUUUGCCUGUAAGACCUCCAGCGAGUAUGGACAACCUCUCUGUCUCCCCCUGCUGGAAAUCUUUGCCGGUUUUAUCCCACCUAUUACCUUGGCCAUGAGGGUCUCCAUGCGAGAACGCUACGGAAUCAGAGGAACCAUGUGUAUGGACUGUGUGUGUGCCACCUUCUGUACAUCCUGCACCUGGUGUCAGAUGUCGAGAGAGAUAAAGAAAAGGAGGAUCCCCAUCGUUAUGGUCAGCGCCAAGAACGCAUAACCCCAUCGUAUCCUGCAGGGCCGUCACAGUUAACCAUGAUCCAACCUGCUGAUCGGGGCCCUGAGAUAGAAAAUUAAUUAUACUGAAUGAAAUGGUAUCUAUUAUCUAAAUACUAAAUCUUUAAAUGUAUCUGACUCUCUGAUAAAAAAUAUUUAUGCCUUAAAAUCUGAUUUAUGUUAAGUGAUUAUGUUUUUCACAAUAACACAGAUGACGCAGGAACCCAGUUUUAUUUCUAUUUUUAUUACAGUAUAUAAAUAUAUGUAUGUAGAAAACCAUUCUAACAUUGUAUUAAAUCAAUUGUCUUUCAUGAAGUGAUUUAUUGCCAAUAAAAUAAUUCAGUUCAA